GUGAGCGCCUGGAGCCCUGCAUCAUCACCUCGCUAUAUGAGACCGGGCGCAGAUACAGAUGCAGUUUUCUUGAACAGCCGCACGAAUGGAUGGAACCGAAACGAACCGGAGGAACUGCGCGAGUACGGAGCAACAGAAGAUGUUGGAUUCCGGAGGAAACCAAAAUGGAUCUAAGGACAGAGUAACUCUUAAAAAAGAAAUUGGUCUCUUGAGCGCGUGCGCCAUAAUUAUAGGCAACAUCAUUGGCUCAGGGAUCUUCAUCUCUCCAAAGGGGGUUCUAGAUCAUGCAGGCAGUGUGGGGUUCUCACUCAUCGUGUGGGUUCUAGGAGGAGGGAUCUGUGCCUUGGGAUCUCUUUGCUAUGCCGAGUUGGGCGUCACCAUCCCCAAAUCAGGUGGAGACUACUCAUACGUAACUGAGAUCUUCGGGGGACUGGUGGGGUUCUUGUUGCUGUGGAGUGCUGUGUUGAUCAUGUACCCAACGACUCUGGCUGUGAUUGCGCUCACCUUCUCCAACUAUGUGCUGCAGCCUGCCUUCCCUAACUGCCUGCCCCCAUACAUCGCCACCCGGCUCCUCUCAACCACCUGCGUCAUGUUCCUGACUUGGGUGAACUGCUCCAGUGUGCGCUGGGGGACACGGAUCCAGGAUAUUUUCACUGUGGGGAAACUGCUGGCCCUUGUCCUCAUCAUUGUAGUGGGAAUGGUCCAGAUUGCCAACGGACACUAUGAUGCAUUGGAGCCCCAGACAGCGUUUGAGUUCAUAAAGGAUCCUUCAGUGGGGCAGAUUGCUCUUGCCUUCCUGCAGGCCUCAUUUGCCUACAGUGGAUGGAACUUCCUGAACUACGUCACUGAAGAGGUGGUUGAGCCUCGCAAGAACCUUCCACGUGCAAUCUACAUCUCCAUCCCCCUGGUGACGCUCGUCUAUACUCUCACCAACAUUGCGUACUUCUCCUCCAUGUCCCCUCAAGAGCUGCUGGAUUCGAACGCUGUCGCUGUGACAUUUGGAGAGAAGCUGCUAGGGGUGUUCUCCUGGGUGAUGCCCAUCUCUGUGGCUCUUUCCACCUUUGGGGGGAUCAACGGAUACUUGUUUACAUCUUCUAGGUUGUGUUUCUCAGGUGCCAGAGAGGGUCACCUGCCCUACCUGCUAGCCAUGAUCCACCUUAAGAGCUGCACACCAAUUCCUGCCCUACUCGUUUGUUGUACGGCGACCAUAGUGAUCCUGUGUAUCGGGGACACGCAUAACCUGAUAAACUAUGUGUCUUUUAUAAACUACCUCUCAUAUGGAGUCACUAUAGCUGGGCUGCUGUACUACAGAUGGAAGAAACCCAAACUGGUCAGACCCAUCAAGGUAAACUUGUUGGUCCCUUGCAGUUAUCUAGUGUUCUGGGCAGUGUUACUUGGCUUCAGUCUGUACUCGGAGCCAGUGGUGUGUGGUAUGGGGCUGGUGAUCAUGCUCACUGGUGUUCCCAUCUACUUCAUUGGUGUGCAGUGGAAGAACAAACCACACUGGAUUUCCAGUGCUGUGGAGAGAGCCACCUAUCUGGGGCAGAGGUUGUGUUAUGUGGUCUUCCCUCAGGAUGAUCCUUCUGAAAUACAGCCUCUUACAGAGAAAUCAGAGCUGUGAGCGUCAGCAGAGGACUCCUCACACUGCUUUUUGGAAUAGCAAAGACCUGUUUUCCAUUCGUUCUUGAGUGUUUUCUUUGUCUGACGCUGUACGUGAGGAGAUGCUUCCCAGAAGCUCCUCUGAGACUCAGCCAUCACAGCAGAAGAAACAGUUUUAUGGUUUUUUGUUUAGACAUCACAUUUCUCAGUUGUAACUGUUCUCCCCUCACAUACAUUUGUCCGGACCUCACCUUGUAAUUGAAUGCACCCUCUUUCUGUCCUGUCGGAGGUGAAUUUCCAUGUCCUCUUCAAGUUUUCCAUGGGGGUUAUUUGUUUUUUGAAAAUUGUUGGUGUAUUUUCAUGUGCCUUACAGGAUCUCACUCUGUUUUUGAGGUUUUUAUCUUUACUUUAAGUAGAUUUUAUUAGUAAUCCCCUAUAAGUGAGCAAAAGGGGAAUUGUUGAAGCCUGUUUACCUCUUAACCCAGUCUAAACUCCAUCUGUGAGUCUGAACUUUCUGGUCCUCUAGUCCUCCUAAUACUUACUUACUCCUUCAGGCAAAAACUUAAUAACGUCUAGCUAUGCUCAAAAUGUCUAUGCAAGAGUAGUGUAGGCACUUUAAUGUAGUUGCAUAUUUUUAGCUCAUAUUGCACGAUAAACUUCUUGCUAUGCUUCCUGAAUAAGCAACAAUCUGCUGCCACUGUUUAACAGAGGCUCUGCCCCAGCACUUUUUAGCACUGCCAGCCUCUUAGCCUUAUGCUAAUGAUAGGAACCAUGGGAUGUUCCAAGUCCUUUCUUUUUGGAUAAUGUUAUUUACAUAAAAGGUGCUUUACAUUCAAAGAAAAAAAAUCCUCUUAUAGGCAGACACUUUUAACUGUUGUCCAAAAGGAGAUUAAUGCCUUUAGAUAACCAAGACAUUUGUUGCAUUUGUUUUGAGCACUGAUCAUGGACUUUUCACUGAGCUAUGCAACAGCUAUGAUAUCCAUCUCUUCGUUUUAAACUGACCACCAAACCACCAAAGUCCGUCAAACAGAUUUUGAGAGUUUGGAUCUGAAGGGGUUGUGAUUAGCAGCUUUUUUCACUUUAAAUGUCACCUGAGCUCCCUCUUCUGGUUAGAUCUUUCUAGACACCCGAUCCUUCAUAAACACCCCAGUCCUCGUCUCUUUCCGGGGGUCCAGCUCAGUGUCUCUCAGACUAGCAGUGGUCAUGUUCUCACUGCCCACAGCGGCAAGGCAUGCUGAAAAGCACAGUGCAGUAAAAUCUUAAUGUAAAUAUUGCUUAAAGUUUAAAAAAACAUCAGGGAUUCAUUGUGAGAUCGCAUUCCUGACAUUAGUGAAGUGUGAGGUGUAUGUAUUAAAAAUACAUAUGUUCCAAUAUUAUAUGCACUAUAUGCUGAUAUACAUUUGUUUUGUAAAAAAAAAAAAUGUUAAAAGGUGUUUAUCAAUAACAAUAUUAGCACAUUAAAUUUAAUUCUGGAAAAGGCUGCAAGCAAUUGUGUUUUACUACAUGUGUGUUUUAAUUAAAGACAUGAGGCUAAUGUGGUCUCAUUGCAAAGGCUGCACCCUUCAUAGUUGCA